CCACAAUGCCUUUCGUUGACCUGCGCUGACUUCACAGUCGUGCGACGAAAAUCUGUUGUUAAACAAACCAAACACGGAUGUUUUGGUAACAUAAUUUAACCAUGGAGGCGGAACAGCCUAAAGAAGACUGCGCUCCAACCCAGCCAGCCUCUACACCUUCUUCUCAGUCAAAGAAGCCCAGCCAGGCUCUGUACGUCCCCAAACAACGACUUCACGCCUCCAAAGACAAAGCUCAGACUCAGGGAGAAGUUAAGCCGAGACCCAGACCUCGCUACACAGACAAGGCACGAAAGAACGCUAAGAACAAGAAGGACAAGGCUGGAGGAGCACAGAGGGCAGCACUUGCUGAAGGAGGAGAUGGAGAUGGAGGUGAGACGCAGAGCAACAAGCCCGAUGUGGAGGAGGAGCAGCGUUUGCAAGGUGCAGAAGUGGUGAUUAAUGGGAAUCCCGACUCAACCGGUGUGGAGACCUCACAGCUGGAAGCAGCUUCUCCUCAGGAAGAAAAGGGAGAAGAGGAGAGCUGGGACACCUUGUUCAAUGACGAUGGAGACUGUUUGGAUCCACAUCUGCUUGAAGAGCUGGCUAUCAAGGAAGGCAGAAAGAAGGAGUCAAUCCAGGGGGCCAGAUUCGAUUAUUACAACAUGGACGGAGACGAUGAUGAUGACAUUGACCUCACAGAUGAUGAACUUUCCCACAUCAUAGAAAUCUACGACUUCCCUGCAGAGUUCAAGACAGAAGACCUCCUCAAGUUAUUUCAGUGCUACCAACAGAGGGGCUUUGACAUUAAGUGGAUUGACGACACACACGUCCUGGGCCUCUUCUCAAGCCCCAUAGCAGCCCGUGAAGCUCUAAGAUCCAAAAAUCCACUGAUGAAGUUGCGACCACUCUCCAAAUCUUCAUCUGCCACAAAGGCCAAAGCCCGUAGCUGCUCAGACUACCUCCUGCCUGCUAAAGAGCGACCUCAGACAAGUGCAGCACUGGCUCGGAAACUAGUGAUCGGUGCCCUCGGUGUAAAGAGCAACCUGACAAAGGAGCAGCGUGAGGCAGAGAGGAAGAAACUGCAGGAGGCCAAAGAGCAAAAACGCCUGGCAGCCAAGCAGAGGGAAGAUGCUUGGGAGGGAAAAUGACUGGACACACAUUUGAUUCCUUGAUUCAGCAGAGGCUUCAGGCUUUUCAGUUUCUUCUUCUUUUCUGUUUUUCUCAACUGGCCACUCCCUCCGACCAUCACACUUCCCAGAAAUGGGUUCCCUCCAUUUUUUCCUUCGUCCUGCCCAGGGCCUUCACCAGUUGCUACUGACCGUCUCAUGGCUCAAUGUCUGACAGCCUGCAGUGUUUCAUCAGAAGAGAGCAUCCUGCCACUGUUCCCUCACUUUUACCUUCAUACUUUGUCCAUUCAGAAACUGUGGUCCUGUAACAUGGCUGGGACCACCACCACCACCACCACCACCACCUGGCUCACCUGGACUUACUUUUAAAUCUCUGAUAUUGUGAGCACGGUCUGUGAUGAAACACUGAGGCUAAUCAUUUUUUGAAGUGUAAUGAAUUUACUGACGUAGUUGUUUUCUGUAAAAACCCAAAGCUUCAUGUUUUUCUUUAUAUGGAUAUUUUUCAAUGUUUUCAAAGAUUUAAAAAAAAAAAAAAGAAGGUUUCUGUUAAAUAUCAGUUACCAUGUAAAGUGGGUCGUGAUAAUGCAGUACAUUAUGAUACACCGAUAAGCCACAACAAUUAAACCAUUUACUUACCAUUGUAUGGGCCUCACUUUUGCACCAAAACAACUCUGACCCCUUUAGGCACAGACUCCACGAGACCACCAAGAUGUUAGCGGAAGAUAAGGCCUCCUUUGUCACCUCUCUUUCAUGCUCCUCAAACAACCCCUGAACUAUUUUUGCAGCAUGGCAGGAAUCAUUAUCCUUCUGUCAGGGAACAACGUUGCCAUGAAGGGGUGUGCCUGGUCUCCAGCAGCGUUUAGGUAGGUGGUAUGUGUCGAGUAACAUCCACAUGAAUGGUAGAACCCAAAGUUUCUUUAGUAGAACGUCACCAAGAGCAUCGCACCUCCUCCUCCUGCUACCAUCUGUUGCCCAGGUAGACCACACACACACACACACACACACCUGAUUGUCCACAUGAUGUCAAAUUUCAGUCACUUAGGUUUUAUGUAUAGAUUGCUUCACAUAGUAGGGUUAACACAGUUUAGUAUUGUAGAAAGGAACCCAACGUGUUCAACAUUUCCCUUUGAACAAACACGGUGACAGUGGGAGGAAAAAAACUCCCUUUAAACAGGAAGAGACCUUUGGCAGAACCAGGCUCAGGGAGGGUGGACGUAUGCCGCAACAAGUUGGCGUAACAGGGUAAAGAGGAGCCAAAGAAAUGGGUAACAGAGGACAAACGAUACAACAUGAAACACUAGAGAGGUUUGUGGGGCCAAAAAAGAAAAGAAAAUGUGAUUUAGUAGACCAGCCAACCUUCUUUCAUUGCUCCAGUUCUGACACUUUGUUCCAUUGUAGGGGACAGAAGUCAGCAUAGACACUGACUGGACAUCCUCAUGUGCAGCAAGCCGUGAUGCUCUGUGUGUUCCGAUGCUUUUCUGUCAUACUGAGAAAGAAGGUUUUCAGCAAUUUGUGCUGCAGUAGCAAUUCUGUCAGACUGAACCACAGGACCCGGUCACCGGUUAACCAGUAGUGGUUCCUUGGCCAACUUCUGGUAGGUGCAAACCUCUGCGUAACGUGAACGCUGUGCAAGACCUGCUGUUUUUUUAUUUUGACCCAGUCAUCCAGACAUCACAAUUAGGCCCUUGUCAAAGUCGCUCCAAUCCCUACUCUUGUUCAUUCCUCUGACACACUGACUCCAUUAUAACGAGGUUAUUCACUUUGUCUCUUUGUGGUUUAAAUGUUGUGGCUGAUUUGGUGCAAAUGAAGACAUUGAGAUUUGUUUCUGUUUGAGUGGUGAAAUUAAAAGUUGUGUCAAUUUAGAAAUGUUGUUUAGCAAUUAAAGGCUCACCCGUAUUAAACAUUUACUUCACUUUUAAACCAUCGUGUCCAGUGGUUUGCAGUGUGAACUAGCACCCAGUGUCAUGCCUUGUUUUAAAAUGAGAGCAGCUUCUGAUAUUGUAUUUCAGUUGUGUACAUUUAAUUAUUUGUACUGUAACAUAGGCUGUUAAAUAAAUGACUGAUAAAAGGCA